GACAACUGUGACGUAUGUUUUGAUUUUGAAUUUGGGGUUUGUAGUUUAAAAUAUAAUUGUAUUUAAAGUUAUAAACUUUCUAGUAAAUAGUAAUAAUGUAUUAUUCCUUAAAACUGAUCCGUGAGUCUAGGAAUAUAUUCUGCCAUUCAAAAUCGUGUGUUCGUCGUAUUAGUCAAAAUUCCAGAAGUAAAAGUUUUAUAACCUCAAUACACAGUAAUGAUCACAGGUUUUUAAGAGUACUUCAAGAAGGAAGCUUAUUACAAAAUAAUAGUUCAUUUUGUUUAUUUAGAAGAGACUUUUUAAACUUACGGGCUCUGUCAAAUCUGAGAUAUUUCACUACUAAAAGCUCUGAUGGUUCGGAUGAUGAUCGACCUGUAACUGAAGAAGAACCCCUUCAUCCCCAAUUACCUGCAACCGUAGCUGUGCCUGAAGUAUGGCCUCACGUACCUGUAAUAGCUAUAAGCAGAAAUUUAGUGUUUCCGAGAUUUAUAAAAUUAAUAGAACUUUCAAAUCCUCAAUUAAUCGAACUGAUAAGAAGAAAAGUUAAAUUAAAUCAACCGUAUUGUGGUAUUUUUUUAAAAAAACAAGAAGACAAUGAAGUUGAGGUUGUUAAAAGCCCAGAAGAUGUUUACAGUGUAGGAGUUUUUGCUCAAAUUCAUGAAAUGCAGGAUUUAGGUGAUAGACUGAGACUGGUGGUGAUGGCACAUCGUAGAAUUAAGAUUACUGGACAAAUCCUGGACAGCAUUGAUGAAGAACCGAAAGCAAUGAAAAUCACCUUUCCUUCAUUCAAAACAACAAUGCACAUAUUUCCAGAGGACCCCGAGUCGGAUAAACGUAAACGUAAAGUUAGAAACAGCCGCAUCAAGAAACCGGUGGCGGAUGAAGAUCCCAAAGAACAAAAAUCCGAGGAGUCUAAAGCUACGAAAGAAGGCUUUUUGAUGGCAGAAGUGGAGAAUGUAGUUCACAAUAAAUUUCGACAGACGGAAGAGGUGAAAGCUUUGACGCAAGAGGUUAUUAAGACUAUCAGGGACAUUAUCAGUUUAAAUCCGUUAUAUAGAGACAGUUUGCAGCAAAUGAUGCACCAGGGCCAGCGGGUGGUAGACAAUCCAGUCUACUUGAGCGAUUUGGGCGCAGCUUUAACUGCUGCAGAAAGUAAAGAACUACAAGAAGUUUUGGAAGAAGUAGACAUUCCAAAAAGAUUAAUGCUGUCAUUGUCUUUGCUUAAAAAGGAAUAUGAACUCUCAAAACUCCAGCAGAAAAUUGGAAGAGAAGUUGAGGAAAAAGUAAAGCAACACCAUCGUAAAUAUAUUUUACAGGAGCAGUUGAAGGUUAUUAAAAAAGAACUGGGGCUUGAAAAGGAAGACAAGGAUGCCAUCGGUGAAAAAUUUCGCGAGAGAAUCAAAGAUAAAAUAUUACCGCAAGCUGUAUCCGUUGUAAUAGAUGAGGAACUCAACAAAUUAAAUUUCCUUGAAAGUCACAGUUCCGAAUUCAAUGUUACUCGGAACUAUUUAGACUGGUUAACUUCUCUUCCGUGGGGUGUGCAAAGCGAAGAGAAUUUGAAUCUGCAAAGGGCGUCCGAAAUUUUAGAACAGGACCAUUAUGGAAUGGAGGAUAUUAAAAGGAGGAUUUUGGAGUUCAUUGCGGUCAGCCAGCUUAAAGGCAGCACCCAAGGAAAAAUUCUGUGCUUCCAUGGACCGCCCGGCGUCGGGAAAACUAGCAUUGCACGGUCGAUCGCAAGAGCACUAAACAGGGAAUAUUUCAGAUUUUCCGUGGGAGGUAUGACCGAUGUGGCGGAAAUUAAGGGGCACAGAAGAACUUACGUCGGGGCGAUGCCAGGAAAAGUUAUACAGUGCCUAAAAAAGACAAGGACAGAAAAUCCUUUGAUACUCAUAGAUGAAGUCGAUAAAAUAGGAAAGGGUUAUUCCGGCGAUCCGAGCUCUGCGCUUUUAGAGCUGUUAGACCCGGAACAAAACGCCAAUUUCCUGGACCACUACCUGGAUGUGCCCGUGGACCUGUCUAAAGUUCUGUUCAUAUGUACGGCUAAUAUCGUGGACACGAUUCCGGAACCGUUACGUGACAGAAUGGAGAUGAUCGAUAUGUCGGGAUACGUAGCGGAGGAGAAACUGGCCAUCGCCAAACAGUAUCUGUUGCCGCAGGCCAUGAGGGAUAGCGGUUUGAAGGACGAUACCAUAAAUGUGACGGACGAAGCGUUGAAUAUUUUAAUAAAAAGCUACUGUAGGGAGAGUGGUGUGAGGAAUUUGCAGAAACAUAUAGAAAAGGUAGUCAGAAAAGUGGCUUUCAAAGUAGUUAAAGAUGAAGUGAAUUUUGUAAAAGUAGACAAUACGAAUCUGCAGGAGUUUGUUGGGAAACCGGUAUUUACGCACGAUAGAAUGUAUCCUGUUACGCCUCCCGGUGUGGUAAUGGGACUCGCUUGGACGGCGAUGGGGGGUUCUACGUUGUAUGUUGAAACGACGUUACGAAGGUUACCAGGUGAAAAAGAAGUAGAAGGUAGCUUAGAAUUAACCGGCCAUCUUGGGGAAGUAAUGAAGGAAUCGGCAAAAAUAGCUUUAACAGUAGCCCGAAAUUUUAUGAAUAAGCAUGACCCAGUUAAUAAAUUUUUAUAUAAUAACCAUUUGCAUUUACACGUACCAGAAGGAGCGACUCCUAAAGACGGACCCAGUGCGGGGUGUACAAUCGUUACAGCUCUGCUGUCGUUAGCUAAAAGUCAACCGAUCCGACAAGACGUCGCGAUGACUGGAGAAAUUUCGCUGAUGGGAAAGAUUUUGCCGGUGGGGGGCAUCAAAGAAAAAACCAUUGCGGCCAAAAGAUCGGGGGUAAGAUGUAUUAUAUUACCCGAAGAAAAUAAGAAAGACUUUAACGAUUUACCAAAGUUUAUUACUGAAGGAUUGGAAGUGCAUUUUGUUAGUCACUACGAUGAAAUAUAUAACAUAGUUUUCGAUAAAAUACAGCAGCCUCCAGUGACCAUAUAAAUUAUUAACAUAAAAGUCACGUUAUGUGAAUAAAUUCGGUUAUUGUCAUUGUUAUACAUUUUUUUAUUGUGAAUAAAACUA